AUGGCUUCUACCAAUGGAACACCGGAAGAGGGGGAGGUCUGCGCGGUCGCUGGUUCCAGCGUGACAACACUAGAGAUCACGGAGGAUGUUCGGGCAGCGAUGAGCACGGCCAGUUCCCCAACGAGAGCGGCCGGGGAGGACGCGGCUGGCGAGGCGGGUACGCUGAGUGUGGCGGAUUCCGAGGCCGCGGACGUGGGAUCUCCGGGGCCGCAGACAGAGGCGAAGGGCGCGCUCGCGCUCGCGGACAGCCUUGGCGAGCCUGCCGAAGACAAUCCCCCGCCUGCGCGCGACAUGCGCGAGAACAUCCUCGAGCCCGCGAUCGCUGAGCUCACCGCGCCGAAUGUCGCAGACGUCGACAAACCAACCAAGAUAGAAGACUUCCGUCCCCUUGCGUCAUACACCUGGGUGAAGGGGCAGCAUCCGACUAUAAUCGUCCCUGGCUCACCUCGCGAGUGGCUAGACAGCCCGAUGCCAUUCACGGUCGACUUCGAUAGCGGGAUCAGGAUGUUCCACGAGGAUGCGUACUAUAUGGCCAACCAGUCCACGCUUGUUCCACUCUUUCGAGCCGUCGAUGCUCUGGCUUCCAGUGUGUCCUCUGGGCCGGAUGUAGACUCGAACAAGGACAUGAUUGAUUGGGCGGCCAUCGACUUCGUCACCGACAGGAACAACUUGCGCAAGCUCCUUCGCUGGAUCCGCGAGCCGUUCCCUUCAGACGCAGCGCAGCCUCUCAGCCCUGUCAGCGAGCCGAGCCUAGAGCGUCCGACUCGCGACCAGGGCGAACGAAAGGAGGGGAGCGCCGCGACGACCGCGCCCGAGUGGAAUACGCGCAAGGACUUCCGGAUCGACCUCCAGCUCGGCGGCGCAGACACGGUAUUGAUGCACCGGUGGGCUGCUCGCGCGCGCGAAGUCGCUGUCCCGCCGAAAGCGGGGUGUCGCUUGAAUUUUGAGCGCGAGGCCACGAAGGCCGCGCAGGGCUGCGAGAACGGCGCCGGACACUAUCGUAUUGUGCAAUACACCAUCUGCGGAUUGAAGAUGGUUGUCCGCUUCGAGGUCGACGCGUGCGUAGCCACAAGUACACCCGUUACUCCGCCACACACAGAUGGGGAUAAAACGAGGACGGAAGACUCUGCGCGCGAGCUGUCGCAGCGAGCUUCGGGGAGCAUCCCUGUGGCCCCGACCGAAAAGGCGGCGGGCACCCAAGCACGACAAAGUUUCACAAACGAGGACGAGGCGAAUAUGUGGGUAGGUGGGAGUAACGCUGAAGACUGGGGGUUCACAGAGGCAACGACGCAGAAGGGUAAGCAAACGAGCGGAGACGAUCGCGGCCAAGCACUUCCGCCUGCAGAGACAGGAUGGGAGCUCCCAGCGGACGACGCGACUGCGUGGGGGGUCGCUCCGGACGCAGCGCAGAACGCAGACUUGCCUAUCAUCCCCGGAGAACUCGCCGUCGUCCGUGCAGGCACACUCCUCCCGCAAUCCUCUAUAAUCGAACUCGCGACGCGCUCCAUCAUGUUCGCCGACUGCACCAGCAACGAAGACACGUUCCUCCAAUUGUUCUUGACCCAGACCCCUACUCACCUCCUCGCGAUUCACAAGAACGGCACCUUCGAAAAGGUGAUGCGGCAAGGGCUGGACUCCCCUGAGUUCACUGGCAUUGAGGAAAUGGAGAGCAUCCAGAAGUGUAUCGCACAGUUCGUGGCAUUGCUGAAGGAAAUACACCGUCUUGUGAAGGAACACGGGACGACGCGGAGGCUUAGUCUCGUUUGCGAGAAGGGGAAGCUGGGGCUAUUUGAGCUGAAAGGCGAAGAGGGUCGGUUGGUUGGAGGGGACCUGGAGCGCUUCAAGACUACGGCUUGA